GGGCGGGGCGGCGCUCGCGGCCCGCCCACGUCCUCACGGUCGGCGGAGGCGGGAGAGGGGCGCCCUGCGCGGAGCCGGAGCGGUGGGGCUGGACGGCGACUCUGAGCGCUGCGCGGGCGCCUGGUGGCCUCCCCGGAGCCGGCUGCAGACGCCGGCCGCAGCCCCGAGGGCGUUGGCGGAUAAUCAGAGAGAGGCGUGGAUGUGUUUACAAGAUGAGUUGUGUUCUUUCCACCUUUACCUUCUGAGGGCUUCUUGCCGCUCAUGGUGACAGGUGGAAAUCGUGACACAGAUGGGCAGUAUGAAGCCAGUGAAGACAAACAAAGCGGAAGAACCUGAAUUGGAGCCCCUGUGCUGCUGCGAGUACAUAGAUCGAAAUGGGGAAAAGAACCACGUGGCUGCCUGUUUGUGCGAUUGCCAAGAUCUCGAUGAAGGGUGCGAUAGUGCCUUCUUUUUGUGCUCUUCUGAAUAGAUGGAUUACAUGUAAAUCCGUGCAGCCAGAGACUUGUGAAAGAAUCAUGGAUACUAUUUCCGAUCGCCUCCGAAUUCCUUGGCUUAGGGGAGCCAAAAAAGUUAACAUUAGCAUCAUUCCCCCGCUCGUCCUACUGCCCGUCUUCCUCCGCGUGGCUUCCUGGCAUUUCCUCCUGGGGGGGGUGGUUUUGACCUCCCUUCCUGUGCUGGCUCUGUGGUACUACUACCUCACUCACAGAAGGAAAGAACAGACUCUGUUUUUCCUGAGCCUCGGACUGUUCUCUCUGGGCUACAUGUACUAUGUGUUCCUGCAGGAAGUGGUCCCCAAAGGGCGUGUGGGACCCACUCAGCUGGCUCUUCUUACCUGCGGGUUAUUUCUGAUACUCUUAGCCUUGUACAGAGCCAAGAAGAAUCCAGGCUACCUCAGAAAUCCAGCAAGCAAUGACAGACCUCUAAGCAGCGGCCAGGCUGAAUGCCUGACCAGAAAAGGGCAGGAGAAGACCAAAGGGUUCCCGGGCGCAGAAUCGUCGGGUAGUCUCAACAACCGCACGCUGAAGGAUGAGCCUAAGGGCUCUUCCAGGGUGUUGGUUGGAAGCCCUACCAAGAUCAAGGAGGACUGGUGUGCCAAGUGCCAGCUGGUGCGACCAGCCCGGGCGUGGCAUUGCCGGAUCUGUGGCAUCUGUGUGAGGAGAAUGGAUCAUCACUGUGUCUGGAUAAAUAGCUGUGUUGGAGAAUCAAAUCAUCAAGCAUUUAUACUUGCCCUUUCGAUCUUCUUGCUAACCUCGGCGUAUGGGAUAACACUGACCUUGGACACCAUUUGUAGAGAUAGAAGUGUCUUCACAGCUCUCUUCUAUUGUCCUGGAGUUUACGCAGAUUACAGCUCAGCGUUGUCCUUCACCUGUGUGUGGUACUCUGUGAUCAUCACGGCGGGCAUGGCCUACAUCUUCCUCAUCCAGCUGAUAAACAUCAGUUACAACGUCACCGAGAGGGAAGUCCAGCAGGCCCUUCGACAGAAGACGGGGCGCCGGCUCCUCUGUGGGCUCAUCGUGGACACAGGCCAGUACAACCGGGGCUUCCUGCGGAACUGGUACCAGUUCUCCACCCUGGGUGCCCACCCCUUCCACCACCCUGCCGAGGACAUUGUCUGAAGUGCCUUCCGUGUGGCUCUGCGAGGGGCGGCCCCUCCCUCUGCUCCCUCCCAUCGUACACUUCAGUGUCCACGCAGGAUGUUCGUUUUUAUCCCCAGUUUCCUAAAGGCUGUAUAGGGCCAUGCUCAGGUUUAGACAUUGGACUGGGAAGAAAUGAAGUUUCCUGACUUCAACCUAAGACAUUUUUUUAUUGAAGCAGUAAAAGUAGAGCCAUUCUUUUGCAGUCACCUUGUUACCUAACUCAGUCACCAUGUGGAAAAGGAUGUGGAUUGCUAAUGCACAGAUUGAUAGAAGCAGUUCCCAUCCAUUACUAGGGGAGAAAGAGUUUGGAUUAGGGUAGUUUCCAGUCCCUCUUUCAAUUCCUGAUAGCCAUGUGACCCUUAGUUGAGUCACCUCCCCGAGUCUCAGGUUCAUCUGUAAAGUGGGGGUACUAAUAGCACCUGCCCUGGCUUACCUCACAGUCGUGAGGGUCGUGCGAGGGAUGGGGUAUGUGGAAAGCACUGGAAAAUGACUAAAGCACUCAACAGGUAUGAAGUAUUAUUAGGAAGGUUCGAAGACUGAGAAAACUGUUUAUAGAUCAGAAUACUGAAGCCAAAAGUAUCAGAGUAAUCCACUUUCAGCUUUUCAGAAUGGAAGAAAGAUCCUGAAAUACCAUAUUGUACAGUUAUGGCAACUUCUCUCUUUGAAGUAUUAGACAUUAACUACUCAAACGGGGUAGAGGAUGACCAGAUGGAUUUACACGAUCUUCUGAUCUUGAAGGGACACUUGAUAACAGUUACGAUUACUGGUCGUGUAGUAUACGCUGGUCUUGAAUUCAGGUGAUGAGUCCUUGUUUUUCAUCUUACUUCUUAUACAUUUAUUCUCUUUGGAUUUACUCUACAUAACUCCAAACUCCAGUAGCCAUUACUGUUUUUUCCCCUCUUUCCAUGCUUCACCUGGGAAGGUGCUAGAGCACUUAGGAUGAGGCUGGAAGAGGAGAACAGACACCCUGUGGGGAGCAUUUUACCCUCUUACCUGGGUAGAGUGGCCGGUUACUAUCAAGGGCUUGAUUUUUUUUUUUUUUUUCUCAUGUAAGUAAUUCAGACACUGUCGUUACAGCACUCAGUUGCAAAAACCAGUCUUCUGGCAUUCACAAUUCUUCUGGCAUGACCUCUCUGAGGAAUUGACUGACAUCUUCCUACUUGCACAUUACUUCUCAUUCACCGUUCCCUAGACAAAAGUAUCUCACUUGGAGAGAAGAAACAGGGUAUAUGUGGUUUCCACUAAUUAAUGGACUACGAUUCCUCCCUAGCUCUUCCUAAAAUAGUAAGUUGUCUCUUUAAUUGUAUCUUUAAACUGAAAAUGUACAGAAGAUUAAAUACUUAUAGAGAACGGGUCUAUUCUGCCAUGGAAUUAGGAUAAGGUGAUUUUGGAUGGGGAAAAUACCAUCUUGAAUUAUUUGGUUUUAUACGUGUACUUAUUUUGCAAUCCCAAAGAAAAUUCAUGAGUCCUUAAAUUUGCUUUGGCUUAUAGCUUCAUAUAGGGGAAAUAUUGCCAGCUUUUCCCGUCUUUCUGUGCAUGCUGCCGUAGUAAGAGGUUUAUAAAUGUCGAGAGGAAAUACUGCUCCUUCCUGCAACUUUCCCUCUGGAGCUGGCACCGUCCCUAGUUCUGCCAUGAAAUGAAGCUGUCCUUAAGACACUCACCACAUUUUUAUGUCAGGCUGGUCGCUGCUCUCCCCAGAGAUGGAUUGUUUAACCAAUGAGAGGCUCCGUAUUCCCCUGGGACGAGCCAAAGAGCAAGUCUGGGGAUGUUAGCAGUCUGUGGUUUCUACAGUGAUGCCCUUGCCCUGGCCCAGAGUCAAGCAUUCGUUUGGAGUUAACGUUGGAUCUGAUAGGACUGAUUCUUUUCUGUGUGAGUUUGAGAGAGUAAUGAUGUCAGGGACAGCACAUGUGGCCAGAAACCUCUAUUUGUCAUCUCUUGAACAACAGAUGUGUAGGCAACUGAUUGUCUAAACAGUUGAUGAUGGAAUUCAUAGAAAUGUUAGCAUAGUCGAUAAUUUGAGCCUCUUGCUAAAUCUUUAACAACCAUCAAAACCAGACACAAAGAGGAGUAGUCCCCCAAAGACCAGGGUCAUGUGGGAGGAUUGAGAGUGACUGCCAUCUUCAUAACCGCGCAGCCUUCGAGUUUAUCCGCAUGGGGCCUCUCAGGCUCCCUCACCUGCAGGGCUCCUUAUAUAUUAUUCUGGCUGGUGGGAACUAAGAGGCUUGUUUUAAGUUCCUCGAGAUCUUCAUGAUUGGUGUUUUUCAGAAGAAAGCUCAAACUUUUGAAAACUUCAGUGGUUGAGUGGGGGUAAAAGCCUACUGAAAUAUUUGCACCAAAAGGAGCAGCAAACAAGGGGCUCUUUGUGAGCAGGGUUUCUGCAGGCCCUCGUACACCUUUAGUCUACACUCCUAGAUUCUUACAUCUUGUUAUGACCUGGAACUAUUUGAGGGAUUUUUUUUUUCCCCUUUUAAACGACAAGGCCUCUGUGAACAAAUGGUUCCAGAGAAACAUUUGGUGAUAGUGGCCGUGGGGGAAUUGGUCUGCAAACCUAUAAACCAGCAGUUUGUUGGCCAUAGAGGCAAGGCCCCCCUUCCCAUCCUCAGCCUGUUAAUGAACACAUUGGAUAUGGAGCUUUAUAAAUGAGCUUCUAUAAUCGUGGUCAUGGCAUUGUGUAUCAUUCCUAGGGAAGAGAAAUGAGUCCAUUUGGAGGAUUUAAGGGAAAAAGUAGUUAAGGAUCGGGAUUGCAUGAAAGGAGAAAGUCCUUCAGUAUUUAAAAUGUUUUUUAUGAUACCCAAAGAGUACUUUGUGGUUACGGCGGAGCCCCCUGAAAUGAACUGACCUUUAAUAAGCCUUAAGUGAGUUUUAGGGACACUGCUGCUCACCUCACCUCAGCCACCUCCGUGUCUGCUUAUGAUGCUGGAAAUCUUUGCCAUUCAAGUAGUGUUGUCCUUUGGUGAAUGAAGUAAUUGUUAUCUUCCACUGUGCCACCUGCCUAGCAGAAAGGCUGCUACAAACUUUCUCUUAUGCAAUAGUCCUUGGUACUUCUAAUAUUUUUAGUAAGAGAAAAUUUUCUAUACUAGAAUCUUCCACUGCCAGAAAACAAUGCCAGUAAGGUUCGCUGGAAUACUGACCAUCUGCUUAAUAGACUUAUUUCCUUUGGGUAGGAAAUUAGCUUUUUAUUACAAAACUAAUAUAAGCAAAAAUACGACAUCUAGAAGCAGUCUUAACCAGGAUGUUUAACAAUGUUUUGUGAGCUUUAAGGGUCUCUUUAGAUGAGGUAAGUAGGUUUAUAGGACUUCAUUUAAGCCAUAUUUUGGUACCCUGAAUUUGAAAAAAAGAGAAUUUCCUCAAACAAGCAUGGGAUGGUAGAGACUUUUGCUUGAGGCACCUGUGUGGAAUCUGGUUUUCUGCCACGUUAUAUCAAACACUGCCAAGGUGAUGCAGGGGGAGAAUGAGAGCUGUGCUUCGUGCUGAAUAAAAUCCCCUAUGUUCUCCCUGGCGUUUGCUGUGGUGAAUAGACACUUCUUGCAAAAUCAGCUAAAUGUAAUCUUGUUGCUCAUGGGCUGUUAACCUCACUUCAGUCGGCACCAAGUGCUUCACUGUAGUUUUAGCAGCAAAGACCCAGUGGUUAAUGGAGACAAUUUUCUUAGAGGUUGUGGCCAUUUCUGGCUACAUUUCCGAGUUGGGCUUUUGACUUCUUGCUACUCCAGCCUUCCUGGUGGCACCUUUACUCCUAGAGAAUUCAUACUUUAAAGGCAAAGCUUUAAAAGCAGAGCUAGUCUGUUCUGGUUCCCAAUGCGACAGACAUCCUGUAUUUCUUCCCAUGGCACCACUGCCAAGACGUCACGUUACAGAACUUGGGAGCUCAACCUGCUGCGGGCCUGUGGUCUGGGGGGUUGGAUGGUUUGAGUUGUUGGGGCGGUGGAGCCGUUUCACUUGAUUACAUUUCUGGGUCUGAUGUUAGACUAAAGGACACCCAGGAAUGUUUACUAUUCAGUGUUUAAUGUAACUGGCCCAGCAACGUGCGAGGGGAUUCCCGACUCCAACUCUGGAGGCUACGGGCUAAACGUUUUGCACUGUUUUUGUACUUGUGUUCAUAUCCUCUUAUCACCUCAGACUCAGACACAAGGCCUUUUAAGUGGAGAUUUAAAAAAUUACUGCCAUUUAUGUAAAAUAAUGUACUGUGACCGAGUUGCUUAAAUAGAAAAUAAAGUGCUUUCUUUAA